CUGGCUGUGUGAACCAUGACUGCUAUUACAACUGUAACUAAGAAUGGAGUUCAGGGGGUUAAGAAAUAUCACGCAGUCUCAUUCUUCUGCAACUUCUGGCACCAGCUGGUGAAAGCUUUAAAUACUGAUUUGACAGAUUCUACGUCUCAACAGCAAGGGACUGCUCUGUCCAGUAUUUCAGCUUUUCAAUUUUCCACAGAACUUAUUUUUCUCGAUCUUUGGUCCAAAAUGAAUGCUGUGUGCCCUUUACUUUUUGUGAUUACAUUUGUACAAUUAGUAUUCACAGCACCAGCUAAUAAGGAAGAGGAAUUUAAUGUGCAUUAUUUGGACAUGGCUUCUCUUGAUGCAGAACUUGAUUAUGAAUAUGAAGAUGAACUACAAGAAACAAAACAAAUACAGCUAGAAGAAAUUACCACUUCAAGGCAUGAUGAUACUGACAAGAGCCAAGAAGUGGAACUUUCACGUUUUAUCAGGUCCCCAACAAUGGAGCCAGAAUCAGAUAAUUCACCUGCUGACAUGCCAACUUGCCUUCUGUGUGUCUGCAUAACUGGCUCUGUAUACUGUGAUGAGACUGAGAUUGAAGAGAUUCCUAUUUUGCCAAAGGAAACAUCAUACCUUUAUGCACGGUUCAACAAUAUUAAAAGGGUCACUGUAAAAGAUUUUGCCGAUUUCCCAACUCUGAGAAGGAUUGAUCUGAGUGGAAACCAAAUUACUGAAAUAGAAGAUAAGGCUUUCUCACAACUUCCAGAACUGGAACAUUUGACGCUUAUUGAUAACAGGCUCACUCGUCUGCCUGCUUUACCACCAAAUCUUGUAACACUGGAUGCACAACACAACCGCAUCAAAAGCAAUGGAAUAAAACGCAAUGCUUUUAAGAACUUGUCCAGACUGCAAUAUCUUUACCUAGGAUACAACAAACUGGAUAAAGUACCCGCUAACUUACCUCAGACUAUCCGCGUGCUUCAUUUACAGCAUAACAAUAUAUCUUCUAUUACGGAUAAUACAUUUUGCAAGUCCAUGGAUGCCAGUUAUAUCCGUGAGCAGCUGACUGAGAUACGGCUUGAAGAAAAUCCCAUCAAUUUGGCAGAAUACCCCAAUAGCUACAUCUGCUUGCGAAGGCUGCCUAUUGGGAAACCAUAUUUUGGGAGUGUACACUAAUCCUGAAAAAUCCUUAAUCAGAAACUACUUAACGGUUAUGGGCGAAGACCAGGAUAAAUUCAUGGUUAGAGCAUUGUACCCAUGAUUUCUAUAGUAUUAUAGUCACAUCAUGCCAACACCCUUAUAUUUAACAAAACACCGCUUUUUCUAAAUAGAAUUUAACACCGAAGGGUUUAUUUCAUGGCAGUGAAAAACUCAAUUCAUUUACUGAAAAAAAUGCAACUGCAAGUUUUUAAAAUUUAUUUACAUUUGAUUAAAGUUACGCAUAUUACUGUUUGACUUUUAGUUUCUGAAAUACAGUACUGUAUUGAACUGCAUUUAAUUCAGUCAAAGUAACGAACUCAACAUAGCUCUUCAUGUAGUCAUUUCAUAACAUUGCAGCUGCACAUUACUUACAAACAUUAAUUUUCUCAACAGGAUUCUAUUUAUUAAAAUAAAUAAGAGAAUCUUCAGAAACAGUUUUGUAAAUAUUUUAAAGGAAAUAAAUCAUGUAGCUUCCAAAAUAGAAUCCUAUUAAACCAUAAUUGACAUUAAAACAAAUCACUUAAUUUAUGACCUUUCUAACAAACUUCCACUCUUUCUACGAUUUACAGUAUAUUAUCAUAAUCUUCUAAAUCAUAUACAUUAUAUGAUCCAUAGUAACUACAACUUGGGCUUUGUAUGCCUGAGAAAAGUUACAAUAAAUAAUUCUAAAGUCAGCAUAAAUAUGUCCAUUCAAUGUAGCAUGACGGAAGGAAACAAAACUGCCAGUUGGAUGAACCUUCAUGCAGACAGUCAUGGAACUACACUAGGGGGAUUAAGAAAGACUUGAAAUAUAGCUGUUGGAAAUAUUUAUGUAUACGAAGCAUGUACAAGAAGCGUAGAGACAGUACACUGUGAAGGGCAAGGCCCUCAACACUGUUGAUGAGCAGAGGGAUCUUGGGUCCCUGACAGUGAAAGUAGAUGGAAGCUGAAAAGAGAUCUUACAGAGGCUUAUAAGAUUAUGAGAGGCAAAGAUAGAGUUGAAGUGUCUAAUAUUCGAGAAGGGGUAAAUUCAAAGGAGAUGUGAGGAGCAAGUUUUUUUCUAAACAUAGAUGGUGGGUGGCUGCUGCCUAGGGUGGUGGUAGACGCAGAUAAAUUAGAGGUUUUUAAGAGAUAUUUAGAUAGGCACAUGAACGUGAGGGAAAUGGAAGAAUAUGGCAGAAGGGAUUAGUUUAGUUGGCCAUUUGAUGGCUAAUUGAACUGAUUCAAUACAACACUAUGGGCUGAAGGGCCUGUUCCUGUGCUGUACUGUUCUCUGUAGGAAAGCGGAACUGUAUGAAGCAGGCACAAGGGAUCCAACUCCUCCUCCUAUUUCCUGCAUUCUUACGACAGCAUUAGAUAUCAGCAAUAGGCAAAGUGCCAAAUGUGAUGGCAUGUUACUCAGCAAGUUCCAAGCUUAGAAAAUAUUUGCAUAACUAGGGGACAUGCGUCCAAGCAUGGGACAGCUGGACAUUGUCAGCAUGAUACAGUUCAAUUUUUAUACAUUCACUUGACAUAUUGCUAGAUCCUGUUCUGGAGUGCUGAUGAUAAGUUUUCACAUUCAAAACACAACAUAUAUGUAAAAUGCUAGAAAUUUGUAAACAGAAAUUUUAUAACUGUAUUUU